AUGUCGCCGGUGGCCGACAGCCCUCCCGUCAAGUAUGGCAUCCUCCUGUUCCCCGGGUUCCAAGCGCUGGACGCCUUCGGGCCCAUCGACAUCCUCAACAUGCUGUCGCAAACGGCGCCCGUCCACUUCUCCAUCAUAGCAGCCACCCUGGAGCCCGUGUCGACCAAAGUCAAGCCCACGAGCCCUACCGUCGGGCAGUCCGUCGUCCCUACGCACUCGCUGGACAACGCGCCCGAGGACCUCGAGGUGCUCCUCGUCCCCGGCGGCGGAGGAACGCGACAGCUCGAGUCGACAGAGCCGCUGGUUGCCUUUCUGCGGGCCACGUACCCCAAGCUCAGGUAUCUGUUGACCGUGUGUACGGGGAGCUCGCUGGCGGCGAGGGCGGGCCUGCUGGAGGGGAAGAAGGCGACUACGAAUAAGCUUGCGUACAAAUGGGUUGUGAGCCUCGAUGACAAGGUCGACUGGGUUGCCAAGGCCAGAUGGGUCACGGAUGGUAAUAUCUGGACCUCGUCGGGCAUCUCUGCGGGAAUCGACAUGAUGUACGCCUUUGUCAGUGAGAUAUAUGGGCCCGACGUGGCGGGCGAUAUUGCUCGAAGAUCCGAGUAUAUCCGCAACACGGACUCGGCUGACGACCCCUUUGCGUCGCUGGUGUAG